AUAAAAAUAAAAUAAGAUAAUAAAAAUAUUACUUGAGAGGAGAAAAUUGUUUUUUCCCACACCUUAAUUUGUUGCUUUUUGUAUUGGAGGCUAACGUUGGACACGUCGAGCUUGGUAACUCAGGCAGUCCAAGUAGCGCUGUGGGCCCGAAUGUGGCGGUUUUAUAUCCCACCAAAAGUAAAGGCUUUUUUCUGGCAGGCAUGUGCCGGUUUUCUUCCGACAGUAGACAAACUCUUACUCCGAAGGGUGAAUUGCCAAGCGGCAUGUCCGUUUUGCUCACGUGAGACUGAAUCCCUGGUGCAUAUCUUCGGGUUAUGUCAGAGGGCUACUGAGGUAUGGAAUCUAGUACGGUGGAACGUCCAAGCUCAUGCAGGAAUAUGAUGGUUUGGGAGCAAAAGGAGGUUAUUGCAAAAGGAAUUGUAGCCAAACCAAAGGCUUUUCUGGAUGGUUGGCGUAGAGCGGUAGAGGGAUGUAUGAAGACCAAGCAACGGAGCAAUGUUUUGGCGAGCUGGAAAAGACCGGAGGUGGGCCGACUGAAGUUGAAUACAGACGCAUCGAUAGGUGAUGGUAAUAUUUGCGGCUUGGGGUGGGUGGUCAGAGACAGUGAGGGCAGGUUCAUUGCAGGUGGAGUUGAUAAAUGGUAUGGUUCUUCUCCGAAGGUUGCUGAGGCUUUGGCUAUUAGGGAGGCACUAAGCUGGCUAAAACAAUCUGGCUGGGACUAUAUUAAUGUAGAGUCCGACGCGCUUCAGGUUAUCUCAAGUAUUAAUUCUGGUUCUGAUGGUUCGCUCUCGGGGGUGAUCAUUGAUGAUAUUAGAGAUAUGUCGACUAGUUUUACUAGUAUUUAUUUUACUCAUAUGAAGCGAUCUGCAAAUCGGGUAGCUCAUGAUCUUGCAAGAGCUGUUGUUUCUAUGUGUGACCGCUAUGUUUGGCUUUAUCAUUUUCCCACUUGUAUUUCUGUUUCGUUAGACCACGAUUUGAUUAAUGACAAUUAACUAGUUUUGCUUCAAAAAAAAC